AUGGAAGGGGUGUACAUCCUGUGUCUCACAGCCCUAUCCACGUUGGUGGCCCUUUGUUUUGUCAAGUUUUCCGGUGGCAGGAGCAAGGCGAAGCUGCCUCCUGGGCCAUGGACCCUCCCGAUGAUCGGCAGUCUCCACCACGUGAUCAGCAAGAUGCCGUACCGCAAGAUGUUUGAGCUGUCUCGCCGUUAUGGUCCGGUGAUGUUCCUGAAGCUAGGCGAGACCCCCACGGUGGUCGUCUCCAGCGCCGAGGCGGCGUCGCUGAUGCUAAAGACCAACGACCUGGCCUUCUCAGACCGGACACGCAGCGUGACAUUCGACAUAUUCGGCUGUGACGGCAAGGACAUCGCCUUUGCCCCUUACGGCGACCACUGGCGCCAGAUGCGCAAGGUGUGCGUGGUGGAGCUCCUCAGCGCCAAGCAGGUGAGGCGCAUGGAGGACAUCAGGGCUGAUGAGGUAGGCAACCUCCUCCGUUCCAUCACUGCCGGCGCCCUGGAUGGCGCCAUGGUCAACUUCAGCAAGAAGGUGUCGGCCCUCAGCAACGACGUGGUGUCGCGGGCUGUUUUCGGCGGCAAGUUCAGGCAGCAGGAUGAGUACAUUAGUGAGCUGGACAAGGCCUUCACGCUUGUGUCCGGCUCCAGCCUCGUCGACCUCUUCCCCUCCUCGCAGCUCGUGCGCUGGUUCAGCAACGGCGAGCGCGAGGUCAGGAAAGUCUACGACGGCAUCCAGCGCAUCAUCGCCGAGAUUGUCGACGAGCGCAAGGCUACUAGCCAUGGAGUAUCCAGCACCGACGAGGAGGACCUGCUUGGUGCUCUGCUCAGGCUGCAGCGGGAAGACACCCUACAAUUCCCUCUUACCACGGAUGUGAUGGGCGCCGUCUUGUUUGACAUAUUUGCUGGCGGCACCGACACAUCAGCGAGCGCUUUGGAGUGGACUAUGACGGAGCUUGUAACCAACCCUCGAGUCAUGGCUAAGGCACAACAAGAAAUCCGCCAGGUUCUUCGCGAGCACCGCACUGUCAUAACAAACAGCGACCUUGCUGAACUCCACUACAUGCAAAAUGUCAUCAAGGAGGUUCUCAGGUUGCACCCACCGGUUCCCCUCUUUGCCCGUUCAGCUAGAGAGGAUUGCAACAUUAUGGGCUAUGACAUUCUUAAAGGGACCGACGUCUUUGUUAGUCUCUUUGCUAUUUCCAGAGAAGAGAGAUAUUGGGAAAAUCCUGAAGAGUUUAAACCUGAGCGAUUUGAGAACAAUAGCAUUGAUUACCAUGGGUCAUAUGCUCAAUACAUUCCCUUUGGAGCUGGACGGCGGCAGUGCCCUGGUAUGGUGUUCGCAACGUCGACCGUGGACAUCGUACUGGCAAACCUUCUGUAUCACUAUGACUGGAUGCUCCCCGAUGGAGUUACCAUCGCUACUCUUGACAAGUCUGAGAAAUUUCGGUUGACGGUAAGCAGAAAGUAUGACCUGGAACUGAAAGCAAUCCCACAUGUGUGGUCAAACGGUAUUCCAUCCAAGUGAUACAAAAGAUCCAUCGU